UGCUGUUGUCUGCUGCUCAUGCGCCGGUGCAGUUAUAUGCUAUUUUUUUUUUGUAUAGAAAUGUCGUUAUCUGAAGAAAAGACAGCGUCCAGGAAACACACAGUUCAUUUUCUGUCUAACCCAGUUAAACUUAAAUGGCCAGUUGUCUCUACCAGUGAAGAAGAAGGCAUUGCGGAAGAGCUCCACAGUAUAUUCGACAAAUACAAGGGAUGUUUGCAAGCAGUGAGAAAGCCACGCCACUGGCAGAAGAACACAUCAGCCGAUCCGGAGAAAACAGUUGGUCCUGAGAAGGAACAACUGAGAAAAACUUUCAAAUCCUGGAUGGUGGUUGGGCUACAGCAGGUGAUCAAGUCUCUGGAACGUGACCGCCUUCGUCUGCUUUUGGUGGCUCGAGACCUCCAGCCUGCAGUGCUCAAGUCCACGCUGCUACAGCUGGUGUACGAGCGUGGGGUCCCGGCAGUCUGUGUGGGGGGCUUACACACCACUGUUGUCAAAUCCUGGACAGGCCUCUCCUCACUUGCAGCCCUUGGAGUGCUGAAGACAGAAGUUCCAAAUGAUUUUGACAGCUUGGUAAAGUUUGUGAAUGAGUUUGCCGCACCUGUUGACAAGGUACCAGAAAUGGCUGCAAUGUCUGAGGACGGACAUGAGACAGCCAAUGUUGUUGAUGACAAAGACAAAGAAGUCAAACAGACAAAAGAUAAUGACAAAUUGUUAAGAACAGAAAAAAAGACUGUUGAAAAAUUAAUAAGUAAAGUUAAUGCAAGCGCAAAUGUUUUCCCUAGUACCAAUGAUACUGCAAGCUCAGAAUUUGAUCCUUGUAAGUAUUAUGUAUACAAACAAGAAACAAGUAAAGAUUUUUCUGGACAAAGUUUCAUUCAGUUUGGUGAGGAAGACAGUGCUAAAGUUAUAACAGAAGUCAUAGAGAUAGUGAACGGAAGACGACAAGCAGCACAUACAGAUGACCAGGAACAUGCCUGUACAAAGUUUGGAAUUUCCCCGGCCUUAGUUACAAUGUCUGGAGGUCAAAUCAGAGACAUGAAGUUCUAUAAAAGUGAAAGUGAAACAAAUAAAACCAAGAAAAAGAGGAAGCACAGUGAUUUAAAUGAACAUAAAAAGGGGAAAGCUUAUAAAGCAGUCAAUGUUCAACAAAGAACAGAAAAGUCAUCCAAGCAGAAGAAAAAUAAGAAAUUGAAGAAAAAAUAGCUUUAUAUACAUUUUUGUAUUUUAUCAAUCAUGCAAUACAUUUACUUAAAUAAAUUGUUUUUUGUAGAAAUGGA